AUGGAUGUCGAUGCUCCACUUGGAUUUGAUGCACUUGGGGACCCUAACCCACCUCUUCCUAGUUCUAGUAGUGCUAAACCUAACCCACCUGAACUUGCAGCACCAAUUGGACUUGGUGCAUCACUUCCCCCACUAUCACCUAAACAAGGUGGUAAGGACCCAUCUAUAGUAUGGCAGCACUUCAUUAAGAUAGCGGGUUUUGAUACCAAUAAUCCUAGGUCUCAGUACAAGUAUUGUAAAAAUCAAUAUAAAUGUCAUGUCCCGUCCAUAUCGUCUAAAGAAACUGUCGAAUAUGUCCACAAAGCCUGGUCCCACGACCCCCUCACCACACUCAAACUCAUCUCUAACCUCCGUAGCAUACGUGGUACCGGAAAAUCCAAUAAGGAACGGUUCUAUACGACGGCGCUUUGGCUCCACAAACACCACCCCAAAACCCUAGCCCUCAAUGCCAAAACUUUCACUGAGUUUGGUUACUUCAAAGACCUCCUCAAAAUUCUAUACCACAUUUUAGAGGGCGAGUUGGUACGCGAAACCGCAAAGAGGGAAUGGAACACAAGAAAAGGAUCCAAAGGCAAGGGCGUAAUGCGAGCAAUGCAUUUUCACGAGAGAAAACACACCGCAACCGAUAAGAAGAAUAAUAAUAAGGAUAAGAUUGCGAAGUUGCCCAAGGAGUUGAGGGUUCAGAAACAUAUCGCUAAACACAAUCAUGAAAGAGAGCAAGUGAGGUCAUUAAGGAAUCAACAAGUAUUGGAUAAGGCGAAGAAAGCCUUCAAAAGGUACAACCGAGACCCAGUUUAUCGAUUCUUACACGACAAAGUUUCAGACGUUUUUACUAAGAUGUUGAAGGCGGAAAUGCAAGCUUUGAAUGCCAGAAAGCUUAAAGAAAUCAGUCUCGCAGCCAAAUGGUGCCCUACGAUAGACUCAGCAUACGACAAGUCGUUGUUGAUAUGCGAGAGCAUUGCACGCCGGGUUUUUCCCUAA